ACUGACAGCUGUCAAAGCGAAGUGUGCGUUUCUCUGCUUCCUGCAUUAGACAGUUCGGCCGUUCUCUCUUUCUUUCCGGCUCGUCGCAGAGUCUAGUGAACACACAUUUUGUGUAUCAUUACAUUAACUUUUAAGCCCCUUUAAGGCGUCGAAAUGGGACGCGUCAUUCGCGCGCAGCGUAAAGGUGCCGGAUCCGUGUUCCGGGCCCACACCAAGAAGCGAAAGGGAGAGCCGAAACUGCGCCAUCUCGACUAUGCCGAGCGUCACGGUUACCUGAAGGGUGUCGUGAAGCAAAUCAUCCACGAUCCAGGCCGUGGUGCCCCGUUGGCGGUCGUGAACUUCCGCGACCCGUACCGUUUCCGCCUGAGCAAGCAGCUGUUCAUCGCGGCCGAGGGCAUGUACACCGGCCAGUUCGUGUACUGUGGACGGCGCGCCCAGCUGCAGAUCGGUAACGUGCUGCCGAUCGGUCUGAUGCCGGAAGGUACGAUUGUGUGCAAUCUGGAGGAGAAGACCGGCGACCGUGGCAAGCUGGCCCGCACGUCGGGCAACUACGCCUCGGUCAUUGCGCACAACCCGGACACCAAGCGUACGCGCGUGAAGCUGCCGUCCGGUGCGAAGAAGGUACUGCCGUCGGCGAACCGUGCUAUGAUCGGUAUCGUGGCCGGCGGUGGCCGUAUCGACAAGCCCAUCCUGAAGGCGGGCCGUGCGUACCACAAGUACAAGGUGAAGCGCAACUGCUGGCCGAAGGUGCGCGGUGUGGCGAUGAACCCCGUCGAGCAUCCGCACGGUGGUGGUAACCAUCAGCACAUCGGUAAGGCGUCGACCGUCAAGCGCGGCACGCCCCCGGGUCGCAAGGUCGGUCUCAUCGCUGCCCGUCGUACCGGUCGUAUCCGUGGUGGCAAGGGCGACGAGAAGUUCAAGGAGAAGGAGAAGAAGUAAGCAGCCGAGUGUCGUCGCUGUGCUGUUUAUGUUCUGUGGUGGUGUUUAUACUUUUUCUUCCGGCACCCGACGUCCAUCUGUACGGUGUGUGGAAGAGAGGAGGGAGGAACGCGGUAUCGAUAUCGUUUGUGUAUUGAUAAAACAAAGAGAAGGAAGAGGAAGAAAGCGAAAAGAGGAGUGGGAGUUGAGUUGUUAAAUAAAAUAAUCAACUUCCAACCACAA